UUCACACACAGCCUGCACAGUGUAACCUGUGUGCCUUACUCUGUAUCAGUUUUUAUUUUGCCAGGUUUUGCUUUCAGCGGUGGGAGUGGAGAGAACACGAGCCAGGUGUAGUCGGAUUUAAUGGUGAUGAUGCUAAUUUUUAGAAGACAGUAGGGACACAAUCCUGUGACAAUGAACAAUAAUCACUAUAACAGUUCCCUGGGUAUUGGUGCAGGAAACACCACACAUUCCUACCCACUCACCUUGGAGCAAAAAACUGCCUUUGCUUUUGUCGGAAUGUUAUUUAUUUUCCUGGGACUUCUCAUUGUGCGAUGUUUCCGAAUCCUCCUGGACCCUUACAGCAGUAUGCCAUCCUCAACAUGGGCAGAUGGGAUGGAUGGACUAGAGAAGGGUACCUUCGAGUAUGCCCUGGCAUGAAGUCAGCAGGAAUGUCUUGGAGCUGGACCAAGUCUCCAUGUUGGGGUAUAAGUGCAUAGACCUCCAAUGGUGGCAUGGAGGGACCUGUGGAAAGAUGUUGGCACAAUCAAACAAUUGAUGUGCCAAGGACUUGCCAUCCCUGAUUGGUUGAAGUGACAAGUUCUAAUGCAGAUUUAAUUAAUAAUUAUACACACCAUAGUGUCAAAAUAUCAGAAUCUGUAACAACAAAGGUCUUCCUUUUGGGUUUGAUAGUUGGCUGCAGUGUUGUAGAAUGAUUUGGUUCAGGAGAGAUGUUUAUUCUAAAUUGUUCUACAUCAUGAAUGACCAGGUACAGUUUUAUAUAUGAGGACAUUGGAAGUGUAUUAACAUGUGAAAUUUGCAUUAUAGAUCAGCUAAAUUCUAGGGCCCGAGUAACAUUAUCUGGACAUAUGGUGAUGACCAUAGCAAGUUAUAUUGUGUUAGUUAUGAGUCCAAGUAAUUGUGAGUUAGACACAGCCAGCUGUACGACAGCAUGUUCUGUGUGCAGACAAUUGUAAGCUGAUCUAUCAGGUGUACGUAAUCCAGUAUUUCACAUGUAGAUCCAUGGUUUUCAUUAAAUGAAUGUUACUCCAGUCUCCCGGAGUUGCAUGAUCUAUCCAGUUGGAUGUGAAUGUAGGAUUUAGGAGCAGGAGUACGCCAUUGAGCCCUUCCUACC